AUGUAUGUGUGUCACCUACUAUUAGGAAGGCCUUGGCAGUACGAUCGGAGAGUUAUUCAUGAUGGCCGCUCAAACUCUUACAGAUUUGCAUUUGGGGGAGUGAAGAUUGUGCUGGUGCCUACCAAACUGGUGGAGAACACACCGCCUGCCAACGUCAACAUGUUAUCUUAUGCACCAUUCAGCAGGGAGUUGCUGGAUUCAGGAACUAUGUUCGUCUUGCUCGGGAAGGAGGUCAACGAGAGCAUGGAUGGACCAGAUAUUCCGGAAGUUGCUUUUCCUUUCUUAGACGAGUUCCAGGAUUUUUUUCCUAAUGACUUGCCUGAUGGCUUUCCACCCCUCUGGGACAUCCAGCAUCAGGUGGACCUGCAGCCAGGCUCUGUCCUACCACAUCGACCCCACUAUAGGAUGAGCCCUCUUGAACACGAGGAAUUGAGGUGUCAAGUGGAAGAGCUAUUGGUGAAGAGGCACAUCCGCGAGAGCAUGAGCCCAUGUACGGUCCCAUCCUUAUUGACACCAAAGAAGGAUAGCAUCUAG